GGAGCAGUCGGGAUUGCUUUUUUUCCACCGGACAACUGGCAGCUAACGGGCAGAAGAAGAGAGGAGUAGAUACUCACGGAGACUACACAGGGCUGCUCUGUACACCCAGGGAUUAUUUGUACUUCUUGUGGGGGCUUUAGGCUUUACUUACAACUACACAAUAAUAACUCAUCACGGUAUUGUUUUAGAUCUGGUUUUAGCUUCAUGGCUUAGAUGUUUUAGAUGGAGUUCGCAUUGAAAAGGUCGCUGAGGUGUUUUGUAGACCAGAGCUCUUUGAGCUAGUGUUAGCUAGAAGCAGCCAGCCGCGGACUGCACAGUGCGGACCACAGAGUGGAGAAAGUCGCUCUAUCCACAGAGGGACGGACAUCGGCAUUUAUCUUUAACAAUGGGCCUCAUACUCGCCAAACUGUGGAGCUUCUUUUGUAACCAAGAGCACAAGGUGAUCAUUGUGGGACUAGAUAAUGCAGGGAAAACCACUAUCCUCUACCAAUUUCUAAUGAAUGAGGUGGUCCAUACUUCUCCCACCAUUGGAAGCAAUGUGGAAGAAAUAGUGGUGAAGAACACCCACUUUUUAAUGUGGGACAUAGGUGGGCAGGAGUCUCUCAGAUCAUCUUGGAACACCUACUACUCCAACACAGAGUUCAUCAUUCUGGUGGUGGACAGCACAGACCGAGAGAGGCUGGCUAUCUCUAAAGAGGAGCUCUACAGGAUGCUGGCCCAUGAGGACCUGCGGAAAGCAGCUGUGUUGAUAUUCGCCAAUAAGCAGGAUAUGAAGGACUGUAUGUCUGCAGCAGAGAUCUCUAAAUACCUCACCCUGAGCUCCAUCAAAGACCACCCCUGGCACAUACAGUCCUGCUGUGCACUUACAGGAGAGGGGUUAUGUCAAGGCCUUGAAUGGAUGACCUCCAGAGCCGGACUCAGAUAGCCCCUUCCUUUGCCAUUAAUGGCCUGACUACCUUCAGCACCGCUGGGAUGGAACAGCAUUAUUUUUGUUUUUUUUGUUGUUGUUUUUUUAAAUUUUAAGACAAAUUUGGAGAGGAGCAUUGGCACGCUGUCACAAUGGAGCCAUUCCUUCUCCUGAACAGUGACCAGGAAUAACAGAGACCAGCUUAAGGAGCAAGUAUUUUGGAGUACGGCACCAGACUAUCAUCAUUGACAUAACGUACUUCUCAUCAUAUCAUGUUACAUUAUAUCGUAUCAUAAACCCCACGAGGAUGUCCAUACAUGGUGCAGCUGUCCUUUUUUUUUUUGCCGUACAAGUUCGUCUAUGUUCGGACACAAAGGGAUUACAAGCAGUGUUGUUAAAGGAAUGGUUCCAAGUUGUUACUGUACAAUAAUGUUCUCAUGCUCAACUUUUUUUUUUUUUUUUUUUGGUAUCUGUUAUGUAUAAUUUCAGUUUCAUAAGCUACACUGUUGGUAUUUCUCACACUACAACCUGAUGGUGCCGUAUUAAAAUGUGGUAAAGUAUGAAAUCCUAUUUUUUAACGACCUUGAGCCUGUACUUGUAUAUUGCUGAGCCAAAUGGUGUCGACGCACUAUAAAUUUUCCCUUCUCUAGCCUCUGGAGAAUGAACCCUGCAGCAUUAUUUCAGUACACAGCUCAGUUUUAAUAACAGUAUUUCAAACUGCAACGUUUUUUCCUAAAUGAUGCAUUAUGAUCUUUGUUUAAAUUUUGCUUAUAGACCUGUUUUGUAUUAACACACGGUCACUGAUGUUGCAAACCCCGCCCCCUGCCAAUAAGCUUUUUAUUUUUUAACAGCCUUUCUGGCAUCUCAGUCCUCUUAAAUAAACCUUCAGAGGUGCCACAUGUUUAUAGGAAGUCAUUACUCAUGAACCACUUGGCUAUGAGGAGUUGGGGGAGGAAUAGCAGAAAUUUAGUCCCAAUAUAAUUUUGGCUGUUUAGGUAAAACUUGAUCCUCCGCCUUAACCAACCUGUUCUGGGCAUCUUGGAGGACCGUGCGUUUCAAUCUGACAGUCUCCCUGUGAUUUUGACCUUCUUUAAUUCCUUGAACUUGCUAACGGAUCUAUGCACGUGUCACUUUUAAACCUUGUAUUCCUUUUACAAGUUCUGCAAGUGGCCAAAAAAAAAAAAAAAGGUGAUGGAGGUGCUUGAAUCUUGACUGCAAACCAUCCUGGUCUGAGAGUGCCUCUGAGAUAUGUUCUGGUGCAAGGUCUUUUUACACAAACAGGAAGUGGAUGAAGUGUGCAGCCGCCAGACACUGCAGCACCAAGGUUUACAGCUUUUACCUUAAACGCAAAGCAAGGGAACUGAUCAUAUACUGUGUGGUGAUGUCUGUACUGUAUCAGUUUUAUUUCCAAUAAAGGUUUGUUUUAAACUUUCAAUUAUUUCAGAGUCAAAAUAAUAACUUUCAUUAGGUCUGCUUUUCAAAGACAAACACCAGUUUAUUCACAUCUUUAAUAUAUUGGCUGAUCAAACGAAGCACAGGGCAGUCGAUAAAAGACGCACAACUCCUAAGUACUUUUCAGGAACACGAAGAGCUUCUCAUCUAAAAAUUUUCUGCGGCAUGUUUUUUCUACUAUACAUUCACUUUUCAAUGAAGCAUUUGCACUGAGGUAAUGAGCAAAGAAAAACACUGUCAACACACAUUCAGGAAUGAACAGGGAUUAAUUGGAGACAAUU